AUGUCCAAGGGUUCCAGGGGAGACAAGCUUUUGGGCGACCUGGGGUUCAAACUGGGCCAAACCCUCGGGGAAGGCAGCUAUUCCAAGGUCCGGGUCGCCACCUCCAUCAAGUACAAGGGCCCUCUGGCGAUCAAGAUGGUGGACCGCCGCCGGGCCCCUCGUGACUUCGUCGAAAAGUUCCUGCCGCGAGAGUUGUCCAUCCUGCGAGGGAUCCGGCACCCGCACAUCGUGAGGGUCUACGAGUUCAUCGAGGUGUGCAACGGGAUGCUCUACAUCAUCAUGGAGGCGGCCUCGACGGACCUGUUGCAACUGGUCCAGCAGGAAGGGAAGCUCCCCUGUGCCCCGGAAGCGCGGGACAUCUUCGCCCAGGUUGUGGGGGCCGUGCGCUACCUCCACGACCGGCAUCUGGUACACCGUGACCUCAAGUGCGAGAACGUGCUGCUCACUUCCGACGGCCGCCGAGUGAAACUGACCGAUUUCGGCUUCGGCAAGGAGUCACGGGGGUACCCGGAACUGAGCACCACGUACUGCGGGUCGGCCGCUUACGCCUCCCCCGAGGUGCUCAUGGGCACCCCCUACGAUGCCAAGAAAUACGACAUGUGGAGCCUGGGCAUCAUGCUCUACGUGAUGAUUACCGGAUCCAUGCCCUUUGACGACACCCACAUCCAUAGCAUGCCCUGCCACCAGAAAAGAGGGCCCGUGUUUCCCGAAGACCUGCCCGAUUUAUCGGAGCCCUGCAAAGGGCUCGUGAACCAGCUGCUCCAGUUCAGUCCAGAAUCCCGGCCCUGUGUGGGACAAGUCGCAAAGAACGGCUGGCUGAAGGGGACCACGUAA